CUUUGGCUGCAGCAGAGCUCAUUUAAGUUUUGUGAACCUUCGAAAUGGACCUGUAUUAUCUUCCGCUAUCGGCUCCGUGCCAAUCGGUUAUGCUGGUGGCAAAGGCGCUCAAUGUUCAGUUGAAUUUGAAAGAAUUGGAUCUUUUCGCCGGUGAACAUUUAAAGCCCGAGUUUUUGAAGCUAAAUCCCCAGCAUACGAUCCCCACGUUGGUGGACAACGAUGUGGUUCUGUGGGAAUCACGUGCCAUCGUUACGUAUUUGUGCGAAAAGUAUGGUAAAAAUGAUAAAUACUAUCCGCGGGAUGCCAAGAAACGUGCGAUGGUGAAUCAACGGCUGUUCUUCGAUAUGGGAACGCUCUACCAACGGUUUUCGCAGGCUUUCUAUCCGGCGAUAAUGCGCGGUGAGGAAGUAGAUCCCGAGCUGGUUGCGAAACUUGACGAAGCCCUCGAGUUCCUCGAGGUAUUCCUCGAAAAGACGAGCUUCGUGGCCGGUGAUAAUCUCACCAUUGCCGAUAUGUGCGUGCUGGCAAGCAUUACAACGAUCGACGUCACUGUUGGCCACGAUCUGAGCAAGUAUCAACACAUUCAGCGAUGGUACGAGCAGGUAAAGAAGUCCGUUAGUGGUUAUCAGGAAAUAUGCUACGAUGGGGCUGUAAAAUUCGGCGAGCAUUUCAAUUACACGAAAAAGUAACAAAUUUUCAAAUAAAAAUUUAAGGAGCAUCAGUUCAGCCAGAACUUCCUUGAUAGUAUCCGUUUGAGAAGCGAUUGAAAAUUUCUAGUUUAAGUU